CAACUUACUUCUAUCUCGAUUCAAGAUGACUGGUCGUGGUAAGGGAGGAAAAGGUUUGGGAAAAGGAGGAGCCAAGCGCCAUCGUAAAGUAUUACGUGAUAACAUCCAAGGCAUCACAAAACCCGCUAUCCGUCGUCUCGCUCGUCGUGGCGGAGUGAAGCGUAUCUCCGGCUUAAUCUACGAAGAAACCCGUGGUGUCCUCAAGGUUUUCCUUGAAAACGUCAUUCGUGAUGCCGUCACUUACACCGAGCAUGCCAAGAGAAAGACCGUCACCGCCAUGGACGUUGUCUACGCUCUGAAGCGCCAGGGCCGUACUCUCUACGGUUUUGGUGGUUAAAUGAAUCAUCCUUCUAAAUAAAUAAAAAAAAAAUAAACAGCCCUUUUCAGGGCUACCAACAUUUUUAAACGUUUAAUAAACUAUUUGUACUAAAGUCAGUUAUACAAAUACUGUGUUGUAAAUAUAUAUUAUUUACGUAUUAAAUAGAUAGGUUAUCUACUAUAUGAAAUUUUAUUACUAAUUCAACGAUUAGCAGGGAGUU